UAGCUGUAGCUAGCUGUGGCGUCUGCUGCUGAUGAAGCUUCUGCCGGCUGGAAAGUCUUAUUUUUGAAGCUUUAAUUGUUUCUCGACGAAACAUAAGCAUAAAUGGCUGACAAUUCUGAAGAAAGCGAGAUGUUAGACGCUCUUGCGGAACUGGAGAAAAAGUUUAAGCAGGAAAGAAAAGAACUUCAAGCUAGAAUUCAAGGGCUCAAAAAGUCUGCAACAAAAGGGGACAAAAAGAAGAAAAAGGAAGUUCAAGAAGAAAUAGUUAACCUUGAGGCUGAUUUAGAGCGACGUCAUAAAGAAGAAGAGGACAAUCUAAAAAAGAAUUCUGCACAAAAAAUUGAAACUGAACAUGACCAAGGAAAAGGAGAUGAAAAUGUGCUACAAAACAGUGAAGAAAAUGUCCCCUCUAGUGCUCGAGUGUCAAAAGCAGAAAAAAGGAGGCAGAAAAAAGUUGCUGCCAGUAAGGAUCGUGAUGCCCGUAUUUUAGAACAAGAAGAUUUAAAUUUGCUUGGACCGAGACAUAAAGAAAUGAUAGCCAUUGUUGAGAAGCUGAAAAAACGAGGCCUGGCAAUUCACACAAUUGUCGCUGAUGGAAAUUGUCUGUAUAGCGCUGUGGAACACCAGCUGAAGGAAACAGAUAGUGAGCAUGCCAUGUUGGAUUAUAAAAUGAUUAGAAAACUAACAGCUGAUUACUUGCGAAACAAUCGUGACGAAUUUCUUCCAUUCUUGAGCAACCAGGAUACUGGUGAUGCAAUGUCUGAGACUGAAUUUGAUGCCUAUUGUCAAAAAGUUGAAAAGACUACUGCCUGGGGUGGGCAAAUUGAGCUCAGGGCCAUUUCUGACUCACUUAAGUGUCCCAUUGAAGUUAUACAAGCUGUAGGUCCACCAAUGACAAUUGGAGAACCUUACCUUGCUUCAAAGAAGCCUUUGAUUGUUACUUUUCAUCGAUAUUUGUAUCGACUUGGAGAGCAUUAUAAUUCUGUUGGUCCUUAUGUAGAAGAUGAACCAGAAAAUUAAGUUGUGUUAUCAGUGGUCUGUGUGUGUUGUGCAUUUAAUAAAUCUUUGCUAAAAAGAAA